AUGACCGACUUUUUCAACAAACACAUUAAGAAAACGACGGCCAGGACGAAAGAGAAGCUACUCGAAGGACUCGGCCGGAACAAAGCAACCCAAGAUGAAACAUUCGAUUUCUACGCAAACAACCUUCAAAAACAAUCGAAAGCUUGUGAGCGGCUACAUAAGGACUUUAAGGCGUAUUCCGUCGCUCUAAAGGAGCUGAACAAGGCUGAGAAGGCGUUGCGGGACUCGGUCAGAGAGGUUUAUGAGGAUGAAUGGCCAAAUAAGGCCAAUUUGACGUCUGUUAGCCAGUCAAUCGAUUGGGAAGGCGAUAACCUAGAAAAACAAGUUUGCGAGGAUAUGGUCGGAUCUGUGGGGCAGUACGUACAGCAAUUUGCCGAGCUCAAAAAGAAGGUGGAAAAGCGCGGUCGAAAACUUGUUGACUACGACCAUGCCCGGAAUGGCUAUAAUUCUUUGAAAGAGGGCAGCAAAAAGGAGUCUGAUCCGAAAGUCGCAAAGGCUUUGACCGAGCUUCAACAAGCCGAGCAGAUGUAUAAGGAGAUUAAUGGGGAAUUGUUGGAGAUUCUUCCGGCCACUUUUGACAGUCGAAUCACUUUUAUUGUUGAUACCCUUCAAAGCCUUUUCAACGCACAAGCUUCGCAACAAACUGAAUGCGCAAAGCAUCACAAACAAAUGAUUACCAUCCUGGACGAGCUGGGCGAAUCAAUGGAUAGCCUACGCGUUGCCAGACCGCCGAGUAGAAUCGAGUCUCCAAGCGAAAAUCAUAAGCUCGCCACCCCUUCGAUUGAGCGACGCUCCCCAUCUCCAAGUGCGUCAUUGGAAAGAAAUGGAGAUUCUACUCGUCAAAGCAUCACCUCCGCCAUCAGCGAAAAGUCAAAGAGCACAAAAGAUAGUAAGGAAACAAAGGAGGAGUCGGAGGUUGAGGAGCCGAUCCAGAAUAAGGUGUAUCCGAAACUAAAUGCUGCUCCUCCCCCAACCGCUUCUCCGAGGAGUGAGGACAAGCAGAAGAAGCCGAAACGAGAAAAGGAUCCGAAUAAUCCAUUUGAUGAAUCGGAUGAUGAGGAGGAUCUUGGAUUGGGUCGAGAGCGAAAGGUUCUGCGCGUCGUCGAGUCAACACACAAAUACGAACCUCAAGACACUGAUGAAUUAGCAUUUGUGGCGGGCGAGAAAAUUAAGGUGCUCGAUUCCUUCGAAACCGACCAGCUUGACGACGGCUGGCUUAUCGGCGAGAAUCAAGACGGUGUCCGUGGAAUUUUCCCGGAAAAUUUCACCAAAAACCUGCAU